UAUUUGAAGUGCCAUGUCAUGCAACGAUUUACCUCUGCCAUCAUGACAUCAGUCACCAAACGGGUCCCUAUUCCUCCGAAAGGAGUCGAUUACAGAGGCAAGAUUGUCCUUGCUCCCAUGGUCCGUUCAGGAGAGCUGCCAUCCCGUCUUCUAGCACUUCACUAUGGAGCUGAUCUCGUAUGGGGACCUGAGACCGUCGAUAGAUCCCUGAUCGGAACCACCCGCAGAGUCAACGAAGCCCUGAAUACGAUUGACUUCACCCGAUUCGCUUCCAACGGCGCGAAAGACCCCCGGAAAGAUCAGAAAGAAAGUCUUAUAUACCGUCUUCACCCCGAACGAGAAGGAAGCCGCCUCAUCUUUCAGAUCGGAACCUCAGACCCCGAACGAGCAGUCCAAGCUGCGCGGAUGGUCGCUGGAGAUGUGGCAGGAAUCGACGUGAAUGCUGGGUGUCCCAAACCCUUCAGCACACAUGGUGGGAUGGGAGCUAUGCUUCUACAAACGCCAGAUAAACUUGUUUCAAUUCUGGAGGCGCUAGUUAAAGAGGUUGUGCCAGAGUUCCAAAUUGGAAUUAGUGUCAAGAUCAGGUUAUUGGAAACGCCUGAGCUUACGGAGGUUCUGGUGCGGAAGUUAUGUGCUACGGGCAUUACUGGUCUUACAAUCCAUUGCCGGACAACCCCUAUGCGACCUCGAGAGCGAGCUCUUCGGGAACAAUUGAAGAUGAUUGCGGAUAUAUGCAGAGAAAACGGAGUAGCUUGCCUCAUGAACGGGGAUGUGCCAAAUAGAGCACAAGCCGAGCAACUGAUCAGCGAGUUCGGAGUUGACGGUGCUAUGAUUGCCACAGCAGCGGAAUCAAAUUCAAGUUGCUUCAGGACUGAAGUAGAGGGUGGGUUAGCUCCGUGGGAAGAAGUCGUCGAGCAAUAUAUCAAAACUGCUAUGGAGGUGGACAAUCGAUGGGGAAAUACCAAAUUUCUCCUUACUCAACUGAUUCCUGGAAAGCAGCCAGUAUAUAAACAAAUCAUGAGUACAAAGAGCUACCACCAAGCCUGCAAAGCUCUUGGUCUGGAGCAUUUGGAGACCCAGGCGAAGGAGGCUGAUGAGAGACUUGGCAUCACUCCCGAAACCGAGUAUCAAGGCAGGAAAGGCAAGAAAAAUAAUAGCGCUUUAGCAGCGGGUGGGAACCAAGGCAAGGCUCGACAGGGGAAAAAGAAAACCCUUUUCGAAAGAGGCAUUCCAAAACAGGCGGCAUUGGCUCUUGAUGUAUGA